AGAUAUUUGAAGUAAUAUGAAAAUUCAGUUACUUAGCCGCUCUCUUAAGUGGUUAGCUCCUUGGAUUUUAGCUAGAUUUUACUUCCUCUGGGAAACCUGUCCUGUCCCACCCACCAACUUACUGUGGUUCAAGUGUCCUUCCUGUGUGCCCCAUCAUAGCAUACGAGUACUAUAUCGUAACUGUACCCAAGGGCAAGACUCCCAUUCACCUUCACCACUAAUUAGACACAAAUGGCACAGGGCCUGGCAAAGAACAAAUGCUUGAUAAACACUUGAUGAGUAGUCCUGGGUAUUUGAUAAGCAUUGAUUAAGGGAUGAACAAAAAACCAAGCCAGAAUUAAAUCCAGUUCUUGAAAAGUCACUCAACAACUAUGGCCUGAUACUCUGGUUCACACUGUUCUGGUGCUGGGAAUGAAAAAAUAAAUAAUAGAACCUGCUUUUGAGGAGCUGUUGGCCUCUGGGGGGACAGAUCCAGGAAUAAGGAGGUAUAGCACUGCUGAAGUGCUAUCUAUUAGAGGAAAGUGCAGAGUUCUGUAGGAGCACCAGGAAAGAACAAACUGGGAAUGGGGUAAAAGGGAUAUGGAACAAAGGAAGUGACAUUUGAGCUAAGUUUUGAAGGAAAAGAGGAGCAAGGCGAUGUGUUAUCGCCAUUUGUAUUCAGUGACAGGUGCUGUGAUGAGGGGUGAUAAAAUCAUGAAGAAGGGGAGUCCAACAGAGCCCAAAGCUUGAAAUCUGGGUGUAGUUUGGAGGAAGGACUAGGUGUUAGGAGGGAAACUUCUUCAGGAGAAGGAUCCUCACCUGCUUCGCACCUGGGCAGGUUCCACAUCAAAGUAGGGUCUCAGGAUGUCGAUGUUGGCGUACAAGCUGAAGGCCCUGGAAGCUUGUCUCUUCCCUGCCUGCCACAUCUGAAGUAAGGAAGAUGGGGAUGGGUAUUGCACGACUCUUGGCUCUAGACCCUGUUGCCUAUUUUCUGUUGGAUUUCUACAUGGUUCUAACUGGACAAUGUGGGGUGAACAUCACCAACACCAACUCCAUAACAUGGGACAUGCCUAGGAUUACUUUUCCAUCUGCUGGGGAUUCAAUCUUGCUUACCUGGUCAGCCACCUGCCGGCUCAGCUGUCCCUUAAAGCCCUUCAUGCCCAGGAACUCCCCAUCUUCUUCUUCAGCAGCCGCUGCAUCAGCGUCUACUUCUUCCUCCCGCAGGCGCUGAUGCAACUCACCCAUAUCCUCAAAGCUGGAGCCCGAGGUAUCAUCCAUGUUCUCCAUGUCAAUCACAGCUGAGCCCCCACCCUGUGAAGACAAUGGCUCCUAGAGUGCAGGACCUUUCUGUUCCAUCCGUUAAGUCCUCCUCUGCUCUUCCCAGGGUUUGGGGCUUUGUUCUUCCACUGCUGAGGAUAUGGCUUGGAAUCACUACAGAUCAUGCCACUCCAUUAUCCUUCAUUUGUUCCCAGAACCCUCAGUUGCUAGCUUUGGCUGUCUUCUAGCCUUGGAAACCUACUAGUCUUCCAUUCUUGUCUUUCUUCUACUUUCCCUAUCAAAGCCUCAAAAGGCUGCAAAAGUGCCCCUUUCCUUUCUUUCCCAAGCCCCCCCAAAAACUAUCUGCACAGCAUACAUUAGCAAGUGCAAGUGAAUCCCAGCCCGUGUCUCACCAUGCCUGACCCCGAUCAACCUCCUAACUUGUUCGGAAAGCAAGAGCACGCUCUCCCUAACGCCUCGGGAGGGGCCAAGAAACCCAGACACUCAGGCUGAAGUACUAGUCUGGCUCUUUCAGGUCAGCACUAAUCCCCCUGACUUUCGUGUGCACGAUGACCCAAAGGAAUGAAAGAAUGUUGCAAAUUAAGCAGAUUUCCAAGCCCCGAGGGAGAAGCCCCACGACACUUCAAGACGGCCGCCGGCCUUGGGGUUGCUGGCAUCCGGAGCCGUGGGGCUAUUACCUGGAUGUUUUCUUCGAACCCUCCCCAUUCCGGACCAGCCCCGUUUCGGGCGGCGCCGGUCGGCGCAGCCGUAGUUGCCAUGUCCCUCGAGGGCUCCCGUCGCUAAAGCCCGCGCUAGCCCCGCGCUCAAAGAAGUGGAUGAAAUGUGGGCCUCAGGGAGGGAGACGUCCCAGGUGAAGAAAGAGAGGUGGCACCAGCCGGAACAUUAAAAAAAGAGAAACCCGGAUGUUUGGCCCAAACCAACUUCCGGAAGCUGGGGACGUGACGGAGGCGGGGCAAAGCCCCGCGAUAUUUAAGAUCACAGGAGGCGGUGCGUUGCCGUAGAGACGGAGGAAGGCUGCUAGAACGCACGCGCCAGUUUGAGGCCCUGGUCUCGUGGGCAAGUUGAAGAUGGCGGCAGCUCAGGCGGUGGCGGAGAUGCGGAAUCGCGUGGUUCUAGGGGAAUUCGGAGUUCGCAAUGUUCAUACCACUGACUUUCCUGGUAACUAUUCCGGUUAUGAUGAUGCCUGGGACCAGGACCGCUUCGAGAAGAAUUUUCGUGUGGAUGUAGUACACAUGGAUGAAAACUCAUUAGAGUUUGACAUGGUGGGAAUCGAUGCAGCCAUUGCCAAUGCUUUCCGGAGGAUUCUAUUAGCUGAGGUGCCAACUAUGGCUGUGGAGAAGGUCCUGGUAUACAACAACACAUCCAUCGUCCAGGAUGAGAUCCUUGCUCACCGCCUGGGGCUCAUUCCCAUUCACGCUGAUCCCCGUCUAUUUGAAUAUCGGAACCAAGGAGAUGAAGAAGGCACAGAGAUAGAUACUUUGCAGUUUCGUCUGCAAGUCAGGUGUACUCGGAACCCCCACGCUGCUAAAGAUUCCUCUGACCCCAAUGAACUUUAUGUGAACCACAAAGUGUACACCAGGCACAUGACAUGGGUCCCCCUGGGGAACCAGGCUGACCUCUUCCCAGAGGGCACUAUCCGACCAGUGCACGAUGAUAUCCUCAUUGCUCAGCUGCGGCCUGGCCAGGAGAUUGACCUGCUCAUGCACUGUGUCAAGGGCAUUGGCAAAGAUCACGCCAAGUUUUCACCAGUGGCAACAGCCAGUUACAGGCUUCUGCCAGACAUCACCCUGCUUAAGCCUGUGGAAGGGGAAGCAGCUGAGGAGUUAAGCCGGUGCUUCUCACCUGGUGUUAUUGAGGUGCAAGAAAUCCAAGGUAAAAAGGUGGCCAGAAUUGCUAAUCCCCGGCUAGAUACCUUUAGCAGGGAAAUUUUCCGGAAUGAGAAGCUAAAGAAGGUUGUACAGCUUGCCCGGGUUCGGGAUCAUUAUAUCUUCUCUGUUGAGUCAACGGGUGUGUUGCCACCAGACGUGCUGGUUUGCGAAGCCAUCAAAAUACUGAUGGGGAAGUGCCGACGGUUCUUGGAUGAACUAGAAGCAGUUCAGAUGGACUGAGGUUUGCACUGGAGUUAUUUGAUGGCUGGGCUUGGAUGCUCCCGAGCCAUGCUGAAGCUUUGGGUUCUGGUCUGCCCUAUAGGACUGCUAUAGAGAACCCAUUGUGACUAGUGGUCCUGAGUUUCCUGGGACAAUUCCAAUUUUAUUUUGAAUCAAUACAUUUUGUUAAAUGUGCCUAAAAAUGACUCUUAUGCCUUUUUGUAAGGCCUUUGAUGUAAAUAAAUAAAUUCACAUCCUAAUUUUUUUUUCA